GACGCAGACAGCACAGCAUUAGCUAGCUCUCUCUCCCCCACAGACACAGAAGCCAGCGAGUGUCUCACAACCAAAGCAAACAUAGCCUUAUUAACGUGACGAGAGGGAGACUCGGGGAGACACGACUGACUGUCUACUCUCAGGGAAGAGGAGGAAGCUGGGGACACUUGACUUCCCAACACCCUCAUCCAGAGCACCUGGAGGGAGGAAAUCCUUCCCUCUGCAUACGCUGAGGAACACACAACAACGACUACAAGCCUGAGAAGUAGAGAAGUAGAAGAGAGACCAGCACCAAGGUCUUUCUCUUUCCCUUUCUCUCUCUCUCCUGCUGUGGAGCUCGUCUCUCCAGUCCCUAAAGGUGUUCUGCCCGACCGGAUUGACUGAUCUGCUGUCAUCAUGUCAGAUGGAGAGGAGUGUCUCUCUCCCAUCGGUCUGGACUGCUGCUCCUGCUGCCUGGACCUGGCCAACUGUGACGACCCAGCUGGAGGUGGGGGCCAAGGCAGAGGCCACAGCACCCCUCUGAUGGGCAGCCCCACGUCGCUCAGCCACUUCCGCCAGUUCCGGGAGCAGCUGACGUUCCAGAACCAGAACGUGAACACGGACAAGCUGAACAGCAUGAUGAGGCUGGACUCUCUGGAGUCGGUGGUCAGAGACCCCUGUUACCUGCUCAACGAGGGCAUCUGCAACAGCAACAUCGACCAGACCACGCUGUCCAUCCUGCUGUUCUUCCACAGUGCCUCGGGUGCUAGCGUUGUUGCCAUUGACAACAAGAUAGAACAGGCAAUGGAUCUGGUGAAGAACCACCUGAUGUACGCAGUCAGGGAGGAGGUUGAGAUCCUCAAGGAACAGAUCAGAGAGCUGGCUGAGAAGAACAACCAGCUAGAACGUGAGAACAGCCUUCUGAAGAACCUGGCCAGUCCAGAACAGAUGGAGAGCUUCCGGGAACGGGUUCCGUCCGACUCAGACGCUCUGGUCCCCCUGCAGCUGGACAACCAGUACCAGCAGCAGGCCCAGAUGGGACUCCAUAACCCUGACCAGUCCUGCCCCUUCAGUGCUGGCUCUGCUGUAUAGGUGGCUCUGCCUUUGACCUCCAAUUGUAAACUGAUCGUCGCUGCCAACUUCAAUGAAGCUGUCUGUAACAGAUGAUGAAACACACAAUUGAUGAAAAGCACAUGAAAAGACGCUCUAACUAGCGGCUAUAGGCUGAAGCUAUACGCUAAGAUAAGCCCGUCCUACGACAUCUAGACUCUUUCUCUUUAGACAAAAGCGCUAAACGAGAGGGCUCACAUGUAGCCAGCCGGAGAACGCUUGCAUUGGGACAGAGGGGAGGCUCUGGCCUUCUGGGGCCAGGAGGGCCAACCCUUCAGCCAUUCUCUACCACCCCUGCUACAGAGGGGGGAGGGCUAAGAGACAGGGCUGGCCCGGGGAUUCGAUCCUGUGGAUGCCUCUCCAUACCUCUCCUGGUCCAGCCACGGAAAAGGGAAAUCUUUUCUCAAGACAGAUGCCCCUCCAGUCUCCACUAGAUCCCCCCCCAUUUAACUCGGCAAGUCAAUUAAGAACAAAUUCUUAUUUACAAUGACAGCCUAUCGGGGAACAGUGGGUUAGCUCCCUUGUUCAGGCUACCUUCAAGCUACCUUAUCAGCUCGGGGAUUCAAUCCAGCAACCUUUCAGUUACUGGCCCAACGCUCUAACCACUAGGCUACCUGCUACCUGAAAUCCAUGGGGAUUUCUUCUUCUAACUGCUGAUAGUACAAGCUCUGAGUAGUUAGAUAAUAUCUCAACCAUCUUGUGACUGUUUCCACCUGCCACCAUCUACUGAUAUUCUCUGUCAAUAUUCCUUAUUAAGAAGCAACGUGUCUUUAGGAAACCAAACCUGAGCUCCAGUUGAACGAGUAGAGGAGGAGGAUCUAGGAGAUCCUGGACUGUUGCAGGGAGAGAGAGGCCUGUUGCUUCUCUAUCUCAACCUCACUGGUGAUAGGAGAUGCUGGACUGUUGCUGGGAGAGAGAGGCCUGUUGCUUCUCUAUCUCAACCUCACUGGUGAUAGGAGAUGCUGGACUGUUGCAGGGAGAGAGAGGCCUGUUGCUUCUCUAUCUCAACCUCGCUGGUGAUAGGAGAUGCUGGACUGUUGCUGGGAGAGAGAGGCCUGUUGCUUCUCUAUCUCAACCUCACUGGUGAUAGGAGAUGCUGGACUGUUGCAGGGAGAGAGAGGCCUGUUGCUUCUCUAUCUCAACCUCACUGGUGAUAGGAGAUGCUGGGACUGUUGCAGGGAGAGAGAGGCCUGUUGCUUCUCUAUCUCAACCUCACUGGUGAUAGGAGAUGCUGGACUGUUGCAGGGAGAGAGAGGCCUGUUGCUUCUCUAUCUCAACCUCACUGGUGAUAGGAGAUGCUGGACUGUUGCAGGGAGAGAGAGGCCUGUUGCUUCUCUAUCUCAACCUCACUGGUGAUAGGAGAUGCUGGACUGUUGCUGGGAGAGAGAGGCCUGUUGCUUCUCUAUCUCAACCUCACUGGUGAUAACUGAUUACCAUAAUCAUGAUUCAGAACAUCAUAGCUUGUAUUCUUUGCAGUUGGGGUGUGCUGCUUAUGGGGGAAAAUCCUGCUAUUUUACAUUUGUUUUGUGAUUCUGAACAAAAUGGAAUACUUGUUAAUAGGAGCAUUGUAACUGUUCAGUUAAAUGAUUUAUUAUGGGGAUGGAAGUAUCUACUACCCAGUAUGCCUAGCUCUGUACAUUUGACUAACAUGUUCAGAGUAGUGGGCUGGAGAUGAAUUUGAGCAGCUGAUUUUUUUCUAAAGGCUGUGAAUGCGAUCCUGACCUAGCAGGCAUAUUCUGCAUGUUCAGAUGCCAACCUCAACUUGAAUCAAUGGCAUGACUAUAGUGCCUAUCUCCAGAAGAGGAAUACCACAUUUCCACAAUGGACUUUUGGUAGUUUUCUAACUACCAAAGACUUUGUCUCAUUACUACUCCAAACGAAACCAAGCAACCUGGACCAUGUGUACAUCGUUCACAGAGAGAACUCUUGUUAGCGUGUGUUUUUUUAUUUUAUAAACGUUGGGUAUUGUUGCUGUAUUGUGUCUAUGAAACAGGUAUUUGUAAUGAUGGAUGUACAAUAUCCAUUUGCAAUAAACCGUAUGUUUACACUAAC